CACUGAAAGAACACAAUCCAAAAGCAGCAGCAGUGAAACAAUCCUUCAAAUGGUGGUGAGACUGCGAAGAUGGAACAGUACUAGAAACCAGAUAUUACGGGGUAGAGUAGAGUAGAGAACUUAACUAAUCUUAACCCCCCAUUCUCUCAUUCAUUCAUUCAUUCAUAUCUUCACCAAACAUGCCUUCUUCACUCUCUCUCUCUUCUUUCUCUCUCCACGCAAACCCCUCCCACUUCCCUCACCCCCUGUACAAACCCACCAUUCCCUACCCAUCAACAAACCUCCCUAAAUCUCUCUCAAUCAAAUCCUCCAUUGACAAACCCGAAAAACCCACCAAUAACACAACCAAACAGAGUUCAUGGGUCAGCCCAGACUGGCUCACCUCUCUGGCUCAGUCCCUAUCCAUUGGCAAAGACGAUUCAAGCAUACCCAUUGCAAAUGCUAAGCUCGAAGAUGUUUCUGAGCUUCUGGGUGGUGCUCUUUUCCUCCCACUGUUCAAGUGGAUGCAGGAAUACGGACCCAUUUACCGCCUCGCCGCGGGGCCGAGGAAUUUCGUGGUGGUUAGUGACCCUGCCAUUGCAAAGCAUGUGUUGAGAAAUUAUGGCAAGUAUGCAAAGGGGCUUGUUGCUGAGGUCUCUGAAUUUUUGUUUGGAUCAGGAUUUGCCAUCGCUGAAGGCCAGCUCUGGACGGUGAGGCGCAGGGCAGUAGUUCCAUCGCUUCACAAGACAUACUUAUCAGUAAUAGUUGAUCGGGUAUUUUGCAAAUGUGCUGAGAGAUUGGUGGAAAAGCUCAAAACCAAUGCACUCAAUGGCUCUGCUGUGAACAUGGAGGAAAAUUUUUCUCAAUUAACUCUCGAUGUUAUUGGUCUAGCAUUGUUCAACUACAAUUUUGACUCCCUUACCACUGAUAGUCCGGUUAUUGAUGCUGUUUACACUUCGUUAAAAGAAGCAGAGGCUCGUUCCACUGAUCUGUUACCGUAUUGGAAGAUUAAUGCUUUGUGUAAAAUAAUCCCAAGACAAAUAAAAGCUGAAAAAGCAGUUACAUUGAUCAGAAAAACCGUUGAAGAACUCAUUAACAAGUGCAAAGAAAUUGUGGAAAGUGAGGGCGAAAGGAUUAAUGAGGAGGAGUAUGUAAAUGAGACAGAUCCAAGCAUCCUUCGGUUUUUGCUUGCUAGCAGAGAAGAGGUAUCAAGCAUACAAUUACGAGAUGAUCUUUUGUCAAUGUUAGUUGCUGGGCAUGAGACUACUGGUUCAGUGUUGACUUGGACAGCAUAUCUUCUGAGCAAGGACCCCUCCUCUUUAUCAAAAGCACAAGAGGAAGUGGAUAGAGUUUUACAGGGAAGGUCCCCAACCUAUGAAGACAUUAAGAAUCUCAAGUUCUUAACUCGUUGCAUAAAUGAGUCACUUCGUCUCUACCCACAUCCUCCUGUCUUAUUACGAAGAGCUCAAGUUGCUGAUGUGCUUCCUGGAAAUUACAAGGUUAAUCCUGGUCAAGAUAUAAUGAUUUCAGUUUAUAACAUCCAUCAUUCCCCUCAGGUCUGGGCCAGAGCAGAAGUGUUUGCACCAGAAAGAUUUGACUUGGAUGGUCCAAUGCCUAAUGAAACGAAUACGGAUUUCAGAUUCAUCCCAUUUAGUGGAGGACCUCGUAAAUGUAUCGGUGAUCAAUUUGCUUUGCUGGAAGCCAUUGUUGCUCUUGCAAUCUUUGUACAGCAUAUGGAUUUUGAAUUGGUUCCUGAUCAGAACAUUAGCAUGACUACUGGAGCUACUAUUCACACAGAACAUGGUUUGUACAUGAAAGUGAGCCAAAGGCAAACUAAAUCUGCAUUUGCAGCGUCGUCUUCUUCUUCUAGGUGAGUUUGUGUAUUUGUAUUUGUAAUAGAUAGAAAGAAAUAAAAACUGUAUUUUAUGUGUUGUAGUGAUAAGUGUAAUGUAACCCCUCAAGGUUGUGAUAAUCACCACUAGAAAAAUGGUUAUUUGUGCGGCUGACAACAGAAUGAGUCCAUGAGGAUUAAGCUCUUUAUAGCUUUUGAAGAAACAAGCAUUUUUUUUAUAAUAUUAAUACAUUUUUUCAUUCC